AUGGAGUUAGAGUCUUUAAAUGAUGUUGAAGUCAGGGAUACGGAGACUCCAGAUAACAAUGUGGAAGGGUUUAAAACACCGACAAUUGGAAUGUAUUUUGAAACAAUUGAAGAAGCACGGAAUAACUAUGAACGUUAUGGUCAAGAAAAUGGGUUUUGGAUUCAUACUCGAGGUUCAGACAAAGGACGAAAUAUGUCGAAUGAAGUCACUAGGGCUUAUUUAUGGAUUAUGCAUGACAAAUGGAAUUGCAAAUGGAAAGUAACAGGUUUUGAUGAAAAUCACAACCACCCACUGGUGACUCCAAGUAAGAGGAUCAAAAUGAAGUCAAAUCGAAACAUGCCGAAAGCAGUUAAGAAUUUGACUGAGACAUUUCAUAGAGAAAAUAUAGAUAUUUCAAAAGUUCCUUCAAUUUUUGGUGGUGAGUACAUUGGCUUUGAUAAUAGGAAUUGCUACAAUCACUUGAGGAAUGUGAGACAUAGAGACCUAGAUUGCGGCGAUGCACAAUCAGUUCUUGACUACUUUAAGGACAAACAAGUACAGAAUCCACAAUUUUUUUAUGCGAUUCAAUGUGAUGAAAGUGGGAGGGCAGUUAAUUUUUUUUUGGUGGAUUCUCGAUCUCGCAUGGCAUACCAUUAUUUUGGGGAUGUAGUCACAUUUGACACAACAUAUCAAACAAAUAAGUAUGAUAUGCCUUUCGCACCAUUUACGGGAGUAAACCAUCACAUGCAGUCGAUACAGUAUGGAUGUGCACUUUUACAAGACGAGACAGAGACGACGUUUGAAUGGUUGUUUAAGACAUGGCUUGACGUUAUGGGAGGACGACCUCCAAGUUCUAUCAUCACUGACCAAGACUUGAGAAUGAAAGGAGCUAUUGCCAAGGUCUUUCCCAACACCCGUCAUCGUUUAUGUCUUUGGCAUAUUAAGAAGAAAUUUGUUGAAAAGUUGUCACAAGUGUACUAUAAGAGAUCGAAAUUCAAGAAGGAUAUGAAAGAAUGCAUUAUGAGGACAUACAAGAAAGAUGAUUUUGAAAAGAGAUGGAUGUUAUUGAUGAAAGAAAAUGGGUUAGAAAGCAACCAAUGA